UCGUAUUUAUUUUACGUACUCUUGGCUUUAAAGGCAAAUAGGAGCAGCGAUUCUCAACGAUUUGAACCAGUAGUACUUUCUGUCAACCUUUUUCCCUCGAACCAUCAAUCUUUCCAAAAGCAGAAAGAGAAACCCAAGAUCCCAGAAGUUCAGGAUGGACCACCUUCCAUAUUUCUCAAUAGAGACUUGGGCACUUCUGAGUUUAUUCAUUGGUCUUCUGAUGUUAUACGGCGUCUGGCCUUACGGAGUCUUCAGGAAGUUAGGUAUUCCCGGCCCCAUGCCUCUCCCGUUCAUCGGUACCACCUUCUGGUUUCGUAAUGGAAGAUCCAAUUUUGAUAUAGCCUGUUUUAAAAAAUAUGGUAAAAUUUGGGGGACUUAUGAUGGACGACAGCCGAUGCUGGUUAUAACAGACCCUGAGAUGAUUAAAAUUGUACUGGUAAAAGAAAGUCAUUCCACCUUCCUGAAUCGUGGGAAUUUUCUUCCGCGGGGCCAGUUAACGAAAUCCAUCGUGUCAGCAGAAGAUGAGCAAUGGAAGAGGAUUCGGACAGUGCUUUCGCCCACUUUCACCAGUGGAAAGCUGAAAGAGAUGCUUCCCAUCAUUCAGAACUAUGCGAACAAUUUACUAGCGCUUUUGCAGAAGAAAGCUGAUCGAGACGAACUGGUGGAUGUUAAAAAAAUCUUCGGUGCCUACAGCAUGGAUGUGAUCACAAGCACCUCUUUUGGUGUCAACACGGAUUCCAUAAACAAUUCCAAAGACCCCUUUGUCCAACAGGCACAGAAAUUGACGACGGCUGACUUCCUUUCUCCGCUGUUUAUUUUGUCAUAUGUUGCCCCAUGGUUAACGCCUCUUCUUGAGAAGAUGAAUAUCAGUGUAUUUUCCAACGAAUCCUUGGAGUUCUUUGCGAGGUCCAUAACAAAAUUGAAAGAGAAAAGGGCCCAGGAGGGUGAAAAGAGAAGAGUGGAUUUCUUGCAACUGAUGAUAGAAUCUCAAAACUCGCUGACAAGCCACGAGGUGAAUGGUGUGAAUCACACCUAUAAAGGUUUGACUGAUACGGAAAUUCUGGCUCAAGCGAUUAUCUUCAUUAUUGCUGGCUAUGAGACGGUCAGCAGUGCCCUCAGUUACUUGACAUAUGAACUGGCCCUCCAACCUGACAUACAGCAGAAACUUCAGGAGGAGAUUGACCAGGUUCUGCCUAACAAGGCUCCAGUCACCUAUGAGGCCCUCAUGCAAAUGGAGUAUAUGGAAAUGGUCAUUAGCGAAAUCCUCCGAAUGCAUCCAGGCACUGGGCGACUUCAAAGAGUGUGCAAGAAAACCAUCGAAUUAAAUGGAAUCACCAUUCCCAAAGGGAUGGGCAUUGUGAUUCCAUCAGUCAUUUUGCACUACGAUCCGGAAUACUGGCCUGAACCUGAGCGAUUUAGACCUGAAAGAUUCAGCAAAGAGGUCAAAGAAAAGAUCAAUCCUUAUACUUACUUGCCUUUUGGAGCUGGUCCCCGGAAUUGCAUUGGGAUGAGAUUUGCUUCCCUUACCAUGAAGGCCGCCGUAGCCAGCCUGAUGCAGAAUUUCACCUUCCAGCCCUGCAAAGAAACUCAGAUCCCACUGGUGAUUUCCACAAAAGGGAUCUUCAAAAGACCUACAAUACCCAUCGUCUUGAAGGUCACCCACAGAGCCUAAAUCAAGGAGAUUUAACUGCAUGAAGAUGCCUACUCCUGAAGAUGGAUGAAAUUUGCCACUUUCGCUUUUUUUCUUGAGUUGCAUUGUCCUGCAACUCAGCUUUUCUCUCUCCCACUCCAUUAAAUCGUGCUCUACAUCUUUCACCCCCAAAGUGAAGUGAAUGAAAUUCUUCCUUGGUUGGACCAGCCGAUGGGAGAAGAUCAGAGUCCUGUCAGGCCAGGAGAGACAGCUGGCCUUUGAAAUCAUGAGGAUUUCAUAAGGAUAACAUGGGAUUUCAUUUUCAUGCCUUGUGUAAUGUUUGCUUUGGAAUCCUGUGCAAGUAUUUCGCAACACGUCGUGUGGAGCAAUAACAAGAAUUUAAUAAAAAGUGAACUCUGUUUUCCUCUAUCGUUCAAAUGUAAAAUCUGGAGCGGGCAGGCAACAGCUGGUCUCUAAGAAACAGUUUUUAAGAAUAAAGAAACUCUAAUAAAGGGGGAAAAAACAGGCUCUGGAGCUGUUCUUCAGACACACCCACUUAUGUAAUAGUUGUGGAAGUGUGAAUGCCAACAAAAACUCCAAAGCUACUGACGUUGCAAUGUUUUUGUUAAAAAUACCUCUGGUGGUGUUUUUAGGAAGGUAACAGAACAAUGGAUUAAAAGUCAUGUUUGUCAACACCCAGAAA